ACUCUCAGAUCUACCAUGCUGAUGCUGCAGUGAGUGGAUCGGGAUUCGGGAAGCCCCUGUGUUGUGUUUUCGUAUUAAGGUUUAAGGAUUCGGGCUUAAAUAUUCAAAAUGGCGGACGGAGGAGCAGCGAGUCAAGAUGAGAGUUCAGGACCAGAUUCUAGAAUGAGUAAUCCAUCGGAAACGAGUAAAUGUGCAAUGGAGAGCGGGGACGAAAACACUGGUGCCCAAACAAAUGGUCUGGACUUUCAGAGACAGACUGUGCAAACAACAAGCGCAAUCACCAACGCACACGCACAGGCCCUGCUCCAACAGUUGACUUUGACUCCAGCGCAGCAGCAGUUAUUGCUGCAGCAGGCCCAGGCUCAGCUGUUUGCAGCAGCCGUGCAGCAUUCGGCCGGCCAGCAGAGCAGCACUACAGGAGCCAGCAUCUCCGCCUCCGCAGCCACGCCCAUCACCCACAUCCCCCUCUCCCAACCCAUCCAGAUCACACCUCAGUUACAGCAGCUGCAACAGCAGCAGAACCUCAACCUGCAGCAGUUCGUGCUGGUCCAGCCGGGCCACCACAUCGCAACCCAGCUGCAGCCUGCGCAAUUUAUCAUCUCUCAGACGCCACAUGGUCAGCAGAGUCUCCUGCAAGCCCAGAACCUUCUUACUCAACUACCUCAAAGCCAAGCCAACCUCCUGCAGACCCAGCCAAGCAUCACACUUGCCACACAGCCUGCCACGCCCACGCGCACGAUAGCAGCUACCCCCAUCCAAUCCCUCCCUCACACCCAGAUGACACCAAAGCACAUUGACACGCCCACUCUGGAGGAGCCGAGCGACUUGGAGGAGCUAGAGCAGUUUGCCAAGACCUUCAAACAGAGACGUAUCAAACUGGGCUUCACGCAGGGGGAUGUUGGCCUUGCCAUGGGAAAACUUUACGGGAAUGACUUCAGCCAAACCACCAUUUCUCGAUUUGAGGCCUUGAACCUGAGCUUUAAAAACAUGUGCAAACUGAAGCCCCUGCUUGAGAAAUGGCUCAAUGAUGCAGAGAAUCAGACGUCUGAUCAGGGCCUGUCCAGUCCCAGCUCUCUUGGCUCGCCUGGGUUGGGCUUGGAGGGCCUGAACCGUCGCCGCAAGAAGAGGACCAGCAUCGAGACCAACAUCAGAGUGGCCUUAGAAAAGAGCUUUCUGGAGAACCAAAAACCUACCUCUGAGGAGAUCACCAUGAUCGCGGACCAGCUCAAUAUGGAAAAAGAGGUGAUCCGAGUAUGGUUCUGUAACCGCAGGCAGAAAGAGAAGAGGAUCAACCCACCCAGCAGUGGCAGUGCCGCCAGCACCCCCAUCAAAGCGAUCUUCCCACCUACCACUCUGGCCAGUCUUGUGACCAGUAAUGUGCCGACUACAAUGACUGUAAACCCAAUUUUGCCUCUCACCAGCACUGUCUCCAGCGUCAGUUUCACUGGUACGACUAUUGGCUCGGCCACCACUAACACUGCAUCCGUCAUCUCCACUGCACCUGUGAUCACUACCGCAGCAUCCUCUCCCUCGCUCAGCCCUUCUCCCACCACGCCACAGACGACCUCAGUGGAGCAGGUGUCGCCUCAGGAGAUUGUGACUGCGGUUAGUCAGGCACCAUCCUCCCUGGCGUCCACUUUCGGCACCGGACAGGUGAUGGUGGCCUCCAGCCUCUCUGCGGCUCUGCAAGGUGCCGCCCAGCUACCCACCAGCGCCAGCCUUGCUGCCAUGGCUGCUGCCGCUGGCCUCAAUCCUGGGCUCAUGGCAUCCUCGCAAUUCGCUCCUGGUGGGGCUCUUCUAAGUUUGGCACCUGGUGGUCUCGGGAGCGGUCUGAGUCCAGCACUAUUGAGCAACAGCACCUUGGCCACAAUCCAAGGUGUGUGGAGCGCUCUGGCGUCUAGUGGCACUCUGCCUAUUACAUCUCUGGAUGGGAGUGGGAAUCUGCUGUUUGCGAACACCUGCGCAGGCAGUACCCCAAAUCUUGUGACGACGCCCCUAUUUCUGAACCCUCAGAACCUGUCACUGCUCGCCAGUAACCCGGUCAGCCUGGUGUCUGCAGGUGGGGCAUCAGGUGCCUCUGGGGCCCUCAACCUGCACAUAAGCGCUGAUGCCCACCAGAAUGCAGUUACCACGGCAACUAUGCCCGCCUCCACCAUCAUCACAGCCUCAAAGGCCCAGUGAAAGCUUUACCCACUCUUCUCCUCUUCUAUACGCUUACUCUUCAUCAACUCUCUUGCUACCACCAAAAACAAACCCACAUAGACUUAAUGUCGAUGUUUUAACUUUUAAUGGUUACGUUUGUAUCUUCUUUUGACAUAUCUUUUACACCUUAAUGAUGGUAUGUUUUGGACCUCACUUUUUAGCAACCAUAAGCGAAUGUUGGCAUCUCCAUAGGGCUUGCAUCAGGAGAGAGGAAACCUCCCUGGACAUUGUGCCAAGUCUCUCUGUGCGAUGCAAAGACAUAUUCGGUUUAGCGAGCUCAUUCUUCGCUCCCAUUCUUAUAUCACACUAUAUCUGCAACUCUCUUCUUCAGAAGUUCUUCUGAAAUGCUUUAAACCAAAAAACUUUGUUUACUCCGUUGAAUGAUACCUUCUUAACCCCAAGAGUAGCCCUCAUCUCCUCACAUAGAUAAAGAACACCUUAUGUUCUUCUGUAGACGUUCUAGUCUCUUUCCACUGGAGAUUCUGCUUUACAGGCUUUUUUACAACUUUUCCUUUUAAAUGCACUUGUUUUUUUGUAUCAAGCAGUGGGUUAGCUUUACGUCCUGUAUCUUACUAACAUGUGGUUACAAGGCUUUAACGGAGUAAUAAGCGGCUGUGAUGCGGUUUCAUUGCUUUAAGGAAUCGUUUGACAGGCCUUUCUUUCUAGAAACACUUCUAGAUUCAUUUUUUUUGUAGUUUACUCUGUAGUGGCCGACUUUAAGACUGGGUCUGAAUCCAGUCACAGGCUAACUUAAUACUAAAAGCUUUAAGGAAUCGUGUGAUUAUCCAUCGAGGGGGAUUUGUUGGGCCGUAGCGUUUAAUCUCGGUAAUUGAAAAGCGUAAGGAACGUGUGUACUGAGAACUCACAAACCUUACGUGGCUUUACUUUGCAGGACUGUGUAACCACGUAAGGUAAACCUCCUCAAGGUCUUCCUCGCAAGGGAUGUACUUUUGGUAAAGUCACCUGAUUGUGAAGGUGUAGGUCAAGUGAGAGAGUUAAGUUGGAUGAUGUUAUUUUUAUUUUUUUUAAUUGUUUGAUUUUCUACUUGUGCACAGUAUCUGUACCAAAAAAAACUGGAUUUGAGAACUGCAGUCUGCUGAGUUUGAGCAGAACUCCUGUCACGCUUUAAGAGGUCUUUAUUUCAGAGGUCUUUGUAUUGCCUCUCUUUGAAGAUAUACCAAAAAUCUUUGUUAUACCUGUUGCUGUAUAUUGCUGUUGUAGCGUAGAAGCCUAAAUAUUUAUGAGCGAAGGCUCUUGGUAGACCACAGGAAAUAUAAUGCAAUAUUUUAAAAGUUUUUCCAAAGACUAAAAUGUUUUUUUCUUUUCAUUUCUUUCAUUUUCUAAUAUUAUUUUUGAAAAGGUGGCUGUCUUUCCUCAAUUUUGUAAAGUGUCAAAGCAACUAACUAGAUCUGGGGUGCCACAGCAAGAUCAUGGAGUACCAGCAUGAGAACAGGAAUUGUCCCUUUCGCUGGUCAUUUGAGUGGGCAAAAUAUAGACAGAAAAUGGAGUCUGUCCUGUUAAAUAUUUAAAAAUGACAGAGAUGCGUUCUUGAAACUAAUGCCAGUAUGUUCAGGCCUUGCAGCCUUUUAAAUAUUUUCCAUUAUUUGUAGUUCAGAGGUGGCAGACUCAGUCCUCAGUAAUCUAAAAUCAGGGCCAUCGCUUCAAUUUACGGGCACUAUAUCAUUUUUUUAUAGGUGUCCCUUCCUGGGGCCCAAUGAGAAGGUUAUACCAUAUAAAACAUUAGUUGGUCCCUUCGUCACUGGGGGCCGAUUUUUUUUUCAGUCAUCUGGGAGCAGAAUUGAAUUUUAGCCGAAUGUUUUUUUUUUCCCCGACCAAUGUAAUGCAGCCAUGAUGUAAAGCUUGAACCAAAGUCGUUUUCUCGCUAGCUGCUGUGCCUGUGUGGACCAGCGCAGUGCUGACCACACUUUCACUACUCACUACUGACAAAACUUUGCCAUCUAUUACACUUCUUUUUCACAAAUUGUCUAACAGAUUGCAUUUGGCUUCAUAAAGAAAAAAGCGCAGCGUUAACUUAUUUUAGCUCUUGAUAUUGACGCAUUUAAUGAUCCAAAGAGAAACUAAAGGGCCUUGUAUUUAAGUGCUGUUGUGAUUUCGGGAGUCCUUGGUCCUUCAUUUCAUUUUUCUCCCUUCUUUGUAAAUCUAGGUUUUGGAAGAACCCAGAUGCUGCAUUGGUGUUGCCUAGCCAAAACGUUUUCACGAGUGUAUAGCAAUAGAAAUAAUACCACCAAAGUCUAAGGAGAACCUGUGGAUGUGCAGAAGGCCCAGGAGCUUUUGUUGGCAUGCAUGACAAGAAGGUGAAUUUUAAGCAUAGCAUUGGUACAUUCUUUAAAUAUUUUUAUGUUAAAGGAAAGUAGAGCUAGGUGUAUUGUGAGAAUUACAUUAGUAUUUCAUCUGUAGCAUUCCUGUUAACUUUCUUGAAUUGUCACAGAGAAGUCGGCAUCUCUUCCGUUGUCCCUAUUAUUGUGGCCCUGUCUGUCAGUUCUUUACACAUGGUGUUUUUUUGUGUUGUUUAUAUAAUUUGAAAUACCUCAACAGCACUUACAUGAAAGGUUCACUUUGCGCAAGACACCAGUCAACUUCAGAAUGUACAGAAGCUGUUUGUAACAGUGUACAACUACAAACGUAAUAGAACAGAAAAAUCUGUAAUAAUAAUGUCUCACAAGUCUACUACUGCUAUUUCAAGUACUACUACUUAAAGGGUAUUUCCAGGUUAACUUGUAAUGAAUAUUUUGUUAUCCUACUUUGCCAAAGUAAAAAAAGCCUUCGUCUUUGCGGCUGGGUCUUGUUGCUGCUCAUUAUGCUGGUUCUGUUCGGAAGUUUCAACGUAGCCUCUCUGGACGUGUCGAUUUAUGUUGUUUUUGCGCAUUUGUGUCAUGACCCGGUAGUGCCGGGACUGUGGGGAGUUACUGAUAUAUUUAUCUGAGGAAUGACUCAAAAGAUUAGAGAACUUCUUUUCUAAUUUCUAUAUAUAUUCACUUAUGUAAGAUGCUCAUAUUUUAUAUUUGAACUAAUAUCUAGUUUGAAUGUAGUGUUUUUGUCAUGCUUAUUCACUAAAAAGAAAACGUAACAAAAAAAACUUCAUUUAUAUUAUAGCUAUUCUUAAAAAAUAAAAAAAGAAGUCUAGACCAAAAAUUGAAACCACACCUUUGUGAUAUGGGAGGGGCUGCCAUGUGCCCCAUCCACAUUGAGGUGUGGUUUGUUCGAGUGGGAGGGGCUUGCGAUGGUGCUCCUAAAGAAAGCUCCCAGCUUUUGUUGACGCUAGGGAAAAAAGACUUAAUAGCACCAAACUACUUUUACAUUUUUCUUUGCUUUUAUGAGUUUAUUUUGCUUUUUAACAAUCUUUAACAAUCAUUUGAAUUUACUUUAUGCCUUUGUUUGUUUGUAUAUCAUAAGGGAGCAACGUCACUGGCUUUCUUAGUUUGACGACAAAACUCACAAUUAUCAUUUAUGCCUUACUAUUAUUUCAGACGUUUGACACGUUGUAGCAAUUUGUAGUGUGUGUGUGGUUGAUGUGAAAGGUGGUUUUGUUGUGAAUGCGUGUGCGCAUGUGAAAGAUGAUGCAACCAAGCAUGCACCAAUGUCAAAACUCACGGUGCAUAUCGACCAUGAAAAUAACGCUGUGAGUUUUAUUUGUGUGUUGUGAUAUUUUGGAACUGUUCACCUAUUAUGGUAGGUAUAAUUCAAGCCGGUUGGAUACCUGUUGAAAAAGCUUUACUAAUAACUCCAGCUGGUUUGUAGGGGGGUGGCGUUUAUUGCAGGUGGUGCAUUUAUUUUGAAAGGUUAGGGUCUUUCUGACGAAAUAACGCGGAAAUACAGAAAACCUAUGGCGUGAAAGUGGAUAUGAGGGCGCAUCAUUAUCGUUGGAUGUAAUUGACCACUUGCCUGUAAAUUUGAACCUGUGAUCACGAGAUGUUUCAGGUGAGAUGUAGAACCUGGCCAACAGCGUCCUGUUUUUUGGCACUUGAUUUUGGCUCGUGUGGAUGCUCUGACUUGUGAUUGGGUAGUUUCUCAAUUGUAGUGGGGUUCGCUGCUGUAGACCCUUAGUCUAGUGACAAAAUAGGGUAGUUGCAGAAGAGGUCAUGCACUAGAAACGCGUGAGAGAGGUGGUCUGAGUAAAGGAGCUGUUGUAUACCUCAUUUAUAACUCGAAACUGAGUAAAACCUGCUUUAGUCCACUUCAAAAGAUAAAAUGAAAUAAUGAACUGUUCCAAAACAGAAGCCUGCAGAUGUCCGUUUAUUGUUUGGAGUGAGGAACCGGGCAGAUACCCAGACAGCUCGCAAACCCUAAUUCCAGACAUUAGUUGCCCAUCCCACUUUUUUUGUAUAUUUUGCGUUAUGCUAAUUUAAAUUCACACUGUAGCCAUUUUGUACCAAAGCUUGUUUAUGAUUUGACAAUCGUCGGCCUUAUAAACCCCUUGAUCCAUUUCUGCCUCUGGUGCGGGUUUUGUGCGUUUGUGUGGUUUGCUUUCUUCUGGGUUGAUGGUCUGCUUGUUUCUCACCUUCCCUGUGGUAACCAAAGACUUUCAAAGUGAUUGUAUGGACUAAACUCUUCUCGUAACCCUGCCUCAACCAUCAGCAUGGGAUUUGAGAUUGUCGGUCACACGUGUGCUGUGUGGGCGGGGCUUAGUAGAAAGAGGAAGAAAAACAGCUCUGCUGGCUUCUUGAAAGGAUUUCUUAAAAGUAACCCUUCAUGGGCUGGGUGAUGUUUUUUAAUACACGCUGAAGGAAGGCCUGAGCUCACUGCAAACUGCUCAGGAUAAACUGUUCUCUGGAGUUACACUUUCUGUGGCUACAGCAAGGCAAACACUUUUCUGUCUACACACAACACAUGCAAUGUCUCUCCAUAGUUAAAUCUUUUAGAUGCUGUCAUCCUGUGGUUUCUGUGUCUGUGUAGUUCUCUAGCUUUGCUGUUUCCACUCUCAUGAUUUCAAUUGGUUUGAUCGAUCAGCCGUGCAACUAUGCAUCCUUGUUCUCCAUCCUGCAGGGGUGGCGUCCGAAUGACACGUCUUUUCAGACGGGUCUCAACGUUUUAUGCUGAGUAAAAGAAACUAUAAGCUCUAUCCCAAAGCAAAAAUCCAAAUAUGAAAUGUUUUACAAAUGCAGAUACCAAAGAAUACUCUCUUCAUUUUUCUUCUUCCUCACCAAACCCUUCAGCUUGUGUGUUAAGAAACAGAACCCAGCUCUGGCAGUAGUCCUAACCUCAGUAAUUCCAAAGCUUAGAUGUAUAUUUUGGUAUUUUUCUGAGAUGCUUAUGGGGAAAAAACGUUUGUCGUUAAAAUUUUCUUGUUUGUUGGAUUUGUUGCUCUUUUUCUGUCACAGCAUGGAAUUAACUGCAAAACUGUCUUACUGUAGGUUAAAGAAAUAGUAUUUUUGUAUGUUUUUGGAUGUGUCGAUGUAUGUGAUAUCAGUUUCACUGCCCAAGUUAUCAUUGUUUUUAAAACAAAAGACAGAAAAAAGUUAAGUAAAAAAUGUGUACAUAAAACUUCUAGUCAAGGAUUUCAAAAGAAAUCUCUCUAUACUCUCGUUUUCAUAUUUCCUACAGCUAAAGUUCAAGGAAUUUCAUUAACACCCUGUCACAUACUGUAGAUUCUUUCUUCAGGACCUGUAACUCACUGUUGUCAUAGUGAUGAUUGGUUAGGUUAUGGAUAUCACUACAAACCUGAACUCUUGUGCCACUCGUGGCCGGUUAACAAGUGAACAUACCCCAGACUGAACGCUAAAUGGCUACAUCACUGUAGCUAAGAAUGAUUGUGUAGAUUAUAAGUAUGUGAAUCAGGAUUACAUGGUAGAUUUGAUGCAUUUGUCUGCUGUAUUUUGUUUUUUUUAUAUAUAUAUAAAGAUAAUCUUUUACUGUAUAUGUACAGUUCCUUUUUUGUUGUAAACAUCAUUAAACCAUUUUCCAAGUGUUUUAAUA